AUGGAACCAGAGCCGUCCCCUACCGCUCUCCUUGAGGCUAUCACAGCCCUCACAGCAACAGUUGGGUCCCUACAGGACCAAAUCUGCGCCCAAAGCCAACAAAUCACUGAGCUUAGGGCCAUAUGUAAGGAAACAGCGGACCUCCUUGGGGACAAGGAUCAAGGAGCCCCCCAAACCAAGCCUGGCCCAUUGACUGGGCCUGUCACUCCCCCUACCCACACAGGGGGAGAAGCCCACACUCCAGGCACGGUUAGGCCUGGGCUCAAGGCCCCAUUCAGGCCAUCAAGAGGAACAGGAUUCAAUUCCAAGGAAGAUGAAGAACCAAGGCGCCCCAAAAAGGAGCCUCAAGGAACGCCUAGAAGGCACCUUGGGUCCCUUACCCCCUUUGAUGCUGGGUCCAGCGUAAAGAGACCCAAGAUGGACCUCCCUGACCCUUACAAGGGAGACACCAGGGGCCGCAAAGCCACCCAAUGGCUGGAUAGAAUGAUGCUCUGGGUAGCCCUCCACUGGGACCAAUUCAAUGAGGAGGAACAAAUGGUUGUGUGGAUCCUUUACCACAUGACCAAUAAAGCCGCAGACUGGGCGCUCCCCAUUAUUGGGGCAAUCAUCAAGGGCAAAGGGAACCCUCCUACCACCAUCCAGGCCCUAAUGGGCAGAUUCAAGGAGGCGUUUGCUGACCCAGAUGCCAAGAGGGCUGCUGCCAGGAAAAUUGCGGCACUCUCCCAAACCACCACAACCUCCAAGUACGUCAUGGAGUUCCGCAACCUCAUGGCGGAAUUAGACUGGAACAAGGAGGCCUAUAUUGCGCAGUUCACGCAAGGCCUCCACUGGAAAGUAAAGGAAUUGCUAUCAACCAAAGAUAGCGUUCCUGACAAACUCAAAGCAAUUUUUGCGGCUUCCAUAAAAAUUGACAACAUUUGCCGCAAAAAUGAGGAGAACCGCCCAAAGAAGGUACCAGCCAAGUCCCUGGUCACCGCAACCACCACCUCCACUACCACCACUCAGCGGGUCCGACUAUCAGAGGACCCCAAUUAUGUUACCCCGGAGGAAAGGGACCGCCGCCGCGCGUCUGGCCUUUGUGUCAAGUGCGGUCAAAAAGGGCAUGGUAUCAAACAAUGCCCAAACGGUUGGAAGGCCACCAUCAAGGAGGAUGCCAAGCCCCUGGCCAACCCAAGCGUGCAUGUAUCAGAAUGUGAAUUUGUAUCUGUGGCUCUUGAUUCUAAUAAAAAGCCCCUACUAUUUAUUGAUUUACAACUGCACAAGUUCCCAACGGAAAAAUUAAAAACCCUAGUAGAUUCAGGAGCCACCUCCAACUUCAUCUCCCCCACCAUUGUUGAAAAACUUAAAAUCCCAAAAACCCUGCUCAAAAAUCCACAAGUAGUGAGAAUGUUAGAUGGUACCCUUUCCCAGACUGGUUGCAUUUGGCACCAGGUUAACCUCACGGUUUUGGCCAAUGGCCAUACCCAUACCAUUCCCUUCCUUGUCUGUCCCAUUGGGAACACACCUGCCAUACUUGGCAUGACAUGGCUUACUCAGGAGUCACCCUUGAUUGAUUGGUCUCUAGGCACGGUUACCUUCCCAGAACAAGUUCUGAUUGCAUCCGAAGAAGAGGCAGACCCUAAUCCCUUAGCCAAUCUCCCGGAGCAGUACCAUGAAUUUGCUAAGGUCUUUGGCAAAGAAGAAUUUAAGGUCCUCCCUCCACAUAGGGAGUAUGAUAUAGCCAUAGAUCUUGUUCCGGAUGCCAAACUAUCCCCAGGCCCCCUAUAUGGCAUGACUGAUGCAGAGUCCAAGGCGCUCAAGCAACACAUUGACAAAGAACUAGCAACGGGCAAGAUCUGCCCCAGCACUUCUUCUACUGGCGCCCCAGUCAUGUUUGUAAAAAAGGCAGAUGGAUCCCUUAGACUGGUUGUGGACUACCAAAAACUCAAUGAUGUCACUCACAAGAACGUAUACCCACUCCCAAGACAGGAUGAUCUGAUGGCAAAGUUGAGACAUGCCAAGAUAUUCACAAAACUUGACCUACAAUGGGGUUACAACAACGUCAGAAUCAAGGAAGGGGAUGAAUGGAAGACGGCUUUCAGGACUAAAUACGGGCUGUUUGAAUAUCUAGUAAUGCCUUUUGGCCUUACCAACGCCCCAGCCGCCUUCCAGCAUUUCAUGAACAACCUGUUCAGAGACCUCAUUGAUGUCACAGUGGUCAUUUAUUUGGACAACAUACUGAUCUUCUCCAAGAAGCCUGAGGACCACCCUUCCCAUGUCAGGGAAGUCCUUUCACGGUUGAUGAAGAACCAGUUGUUUUGCAAACUCUCCAAAUGCCACUUCCAUGUCACUACAGUAGACUACCUAGGGAUUGUCAUCUCCCCAGCGGGCUUCUCAAUGGAUCAAAAAAAGAUAGAAGCCGUCACCUCCUGGCCCACGCCCAAAACAGUCAAACAAGUUCAGGCCUUCCUUGGUUUUGUCAACUACCUCCGUCGCUUCAUUCCCAGCUUCAGUUCCAUGGCACGCCCCCUCCACAAUCUCACACGAAAGGAAACCCCCUGGUCAUGGGGUAACCUCAAAGAAGUAGCAUUCCAGGAACUGAAAUCCCUUGUCACCCAAUCCCCGGUCCUGGUCCAUUCCAACCCUGAACUCCCAUAUUACCUGGAAACAGAUGCAUCAGGGGUAGCCAUGGGAGCAAUCCUUAGUCAAAGAGGGGAAGAUAACCGCUUGCACCCCAUAGCUUACAUGUCUAAAUCCUUCUCUGGCGCCGAGGCUAAUUAUGACACCCAUGACAAGGAGCUCUUAGCUAUAAUCAAGGCACUAGAGGAAUGGCAAAUUUUCCUAGAGGCAACAGACAGACCAAUCCAGGUUUUUACAGAUCACAGAAACCUGGAGUAUUGGAUGCAGGCACAAACGUUCAACAGAAGGCACGCGCGUUGGAGAAUUUUCCUGAGCGACUUUAACUUUGAGAUCCAUUAUCAACCAGGGAAACAGUCAGGGAAACCAGACGCAUUAUCAAGACGCUCAGAUUAUGUCAACCAUCCCUCGGAACCAGAAGUCAUGCUCCCAGAAGAGGUCUUUGUCAAUACGUCAGAAGAGGAACUUGAAAUUGUCAUGGAGAUCCGGAAGAAGUUAAGGGAGGACCCUUCCCUAGAAUCCAUCAUCCAGUUCCUAACAGAGGAUGCAGAUAAUGCACCCCCUCAAUUUGGAAGGCCUAUUGGGAUUAUGACUGGGAAGAGGAUCUACUCUGGUACCAAGGAAAACUAG